AUGGUUUAUGCGAUAUCGUGGGGGGAUUUCAUGCAGGCGUCAAGGGACAUCAUUUCGAAAUCGCCAGAUAAGACAAGAUAUGUGAUAAAGUUGCAUAGGCCGACCGAGGGAAUUAUUUUGAAAGUCACGGAUAAUAAAAAUAGCAUAAUGUACCGAUUAAACAAAAAUGACAACUUAAAAAAGAUAGAAGCAUUAAAUUCCCUUUUUCUGAUGUGGGGUUCCAGCGAAAACGCCGACGAGACCUUCCCCCUCAAGCUCAGCAGAAGUGCGGAUAAAACGGCCAAUGAACUGAAGGCGAAAAAGGGCACUUAA